UUCACGCCCAGUGUAAACGCGAUGUCUGAUAAAAAUAUUUUUUAAUAACAGGAGUUUACGUUCGCGUUGUUGAUGUUAAAUCCAAAUGUCCGUUAUACUAUCGCUGCGUUUACAAUCGCUUAAUUCAAAAAUGGAUAUUUCUGCCAUGCAGUGGCGCACGGUCCUGCUGUUCUUUGUCUUCUGUUCUGAAUGCGCGUGCGGCCAGAUUAGUUAUUCUAUUCCCGAGGAAAUGGCUAUAGGGUCGAUGAUCGGAAAUAUCGCCCAGGAUUUGGGUUUGGACAUAAAAAGACUGAAAUCAGGAAAAGCGCGGAUCUUUUCAGGCGAAAGCAUGGAAUAUGUGGAUCUGAACAGAGAAAACGGUUUGCUUUUGAUUAAAGAGAAAAUAGACCGUGAGUCUUUGUGCGCAAAAUUAACCCCGUGUGCGCUUCAUCUCCAAAUCAUUAUGGAAAAUCCGAUGGAGUUAUAUUCUGUUACCGUGGAGAUCACGGACGUAAACGACAAUGCUCCUACUUUUCAGAAGAAUGAAAUGAGGUUUGACAUAAGCGAGUCAGCGAUGAUCGGUGCCAGAUUCGUGCUGGGGAAAGCUGCUGAUCCUGAUGUUGGAAUAAAUGGACUUCGGAGCUAUUCACUUAAACCCACAGACAACUUUGUUCUAGACAAAGAAUCUGGGGGGGAGAAGAAUGUUGAGAUGAUUUUACAAAAACCGCUUGAUCGGGAAAAAGAAAGCCAAAUUACUCUGACGUUGACUGCGUUUGAUGGUGGUGAGUCUCGGCUGUCGGGAACCAUGCAGAUAUAUAUAACCAUAAUGGAUGCUAAUGAUAAUGCCCCUGUAUUUACACAGAAGGUGUAUAAAGCUGCAAUUAUAGAAAAUGCAAAAAAGGGCACCAAAUUGACAAGAGUAAGUGCUUCUGAUGCCGACGAAGGUUCUAACGGUCAUGUGUCUUAUUAUAUUUCUGACGCAGUGGACAUUUUUUUAGCAGAUCUUUUUCUUGUAGAUCAGCAAAGUGGAGAAGUUACUUUAAACGGCCUGAUUGAUUAUGAAAAAUCGAGUAUCCAUCAGCUUGAUAUUCAAGCCAGGGACCAAGGAGGACUCUCUGACACAUGUAAGCUUGUUUACAGAUGAGGAGAUGGACAGGGAGAAAGAAGCUGAGUAUAACAUCACAGUGACUUGCACUGAUGAGGGACUUCCCUCACUCACCAGCACCACUUCUGUCCGUUUACUCGUAUCAGAUGUAAAUGACAACGCGCCUGCA